GAUUUCUGCAAAAGAGCGGGCCAUUCAAGAGACUUUCGAACGCAACUUCCUUGAGUGCGUCCGAAGGCCAUCAAUCUGCAGUGAGGAGCUGAAACUCUCGUCUCUCUCUUAUACACAGGAUUUUGGUAUUGUCACGCAACUUUACCCCGGUCGCCGUUCCACGCAGAGGAGGCGCGUGCCUUGCGACAAGACGACUGCUUCACCAAUCCACAUCUCGAGUGGAGCCGUCAAGACAUCUUGUCCGCGCUGCAAAACCGACAGAUCGCCAUUUCAGAGUCAGACUCCGAGUCAAGAUUUAAAUGUCGCCUCGCCCUAGAACUUGCCGACAAAACCGCUACCCUCCGCUUCCUGGAACUGCCGAAGGAGGUAAGAAUGCUCGUGUACGAACAAGCCCUCUUGCACCAGGGUGUUUUCAAGCACGACUCGCACGCGCCACCGGCUCUUUUUCAGAUCAACCAGCAGGUACGCCAAGAGAGUAGAGAGAUAUUUUUCAGCAUCAACUGCUUUCGCCUGCGCACCCGUCGUUGCAUCAUCCGCCGCUCCGACAAGACAGCCAAGACCCACCAAACCGUGCGUCUGCACCCUUAUGAUCUUGUAUGGCUGCAGAUGAUCGGAUCCGAGAACGUCGUUAGGCUUCGUCGACUCUCGUUCAUCACGCGCUUGGGCAUCAAUGGAGGAAAAGGCAUCCAACUCGAUCUUUCAAUUCCUGACGUCUCUAGAUGGGCGCAGCCACUAAAAUGCGGUUGCCGAGAAUGUCAGACAAAGGCCCCUUGGACCGUUGGCCAGCAGAUUGAGAAGAGUGAUAAGAAGAAGAAGUGGCUCGACAGCUGUUGCUCCAAUCCGGAAAUACUCAUUCUGUAUACGAAGGCGCUGGAAGAGGAGAUUCGUACUCGUGACUCGGCCCAAAUGGCCAUGAAUGGGUUCGGCGAGAGGUAUGGCAAGGGUAAGAGCGUCAAGCCAACCAUUGAGGGCCUUGAACUUCUCGGUGGUUGCAUCAUGCGAAAUUUCGGACGUAAGGAAUGGAUCUGGAGUCACUGCAGAGAUUGACGACUAUCUUUAACGACUGCAGUUUGUCCAUGGAGACUACCAUCGUCAGUUGACUUCGUCUAUCGCAAGAGCUGAUGAAGACGCUUGUAGAUGUGGACGAGAGCCUUGAAAAGCGACUCAACAAUGGCUACCGUAUAUGGAGGGAAAGAGAGAUGACCGUCAGUAGAUAAUGUCAACAAUUAAAAUUCCCCCA